CUUAUUUGGAGCUUUCGCGUUCGAUUUAUUGUGUUGCUAUGUUACAUUCCCAUAAUUGAUUAGUAAAAAUAAUUCAACCACUUAACUCUCGUACUAACUGUAUUAAAAAACUACAGUAACCAGUUUGCCCAGCGAAGUAAACCCAUCCGCAUUUUUCCUGGAUGAUGCGCGCAAAAAAAUAGGGCGUUGUGGAGACUCUCUCAUUCAUUCGCGGAGGACAACCUCUGUUCUUAAAGACGCAGGGAGCGACCCACGUCCACAGGAGCGAGAGAAGGAAAAGGAAAAAAAAGGCGUUUUGACUUCGUUCCUGUCCAAAAGGGGAACAGUUCCGCUGCACGCAAAGAGAAGGCACAGGAUAUGGCCAAGCUUUUGCGUGCUGCUGUUUUGGGUCCACCGGGAUCUGGAAAAGGCACGAUCUGCAAGAGGAUUGCACACAGCUUUGGCCUGCAGUACCUGUCCAGUGGCCACUUUCUACGCGAGGGUAUUGCAGCCAACACAGAGGCUGGCAUGCUGGCGAAGACCUACAUAGACAGAGGCAUGCUGGUUCCUGACCAAGUGAUGACCAGAUUGAUGUUGCCCAAACUGGAGCAGCUGCAGAACCACAGUUGGCUACUAGACGGUUUCCCACGUACGCUGGCGCAGGCGCAGGCCCUCAACAGCCUCUACCAGAUGGACCUGGUCAUCAACCUCAACAUUCCCUUAGAGACUCUGAAGGACAGGCUGAGUGACCGCUGGGUCCACCCUGCCAGCGGCAGAGUUUACAACAUGGGAUUCAACCCCCCUCUAGUUCAGGUAUCAAACAUGUGAAAGUGAGCCCUUGCUGGCAAAGAUUCAAAUCCUGAGCUCUAGAUGUUGAGACAGCCUGUUGUUUCCUCACACAGAUUGUACGGGCGUGUUUCAAAGCUGAAAAGAAUUUAGAUUUCAUAGUGAUUCAGCAAAAACGCUCAGAAAAGAGGGGCGUCCGGGGAAAACACAGCCAUAGUCUCAUUACUCCUCAAGUAACGCUCACGCUUCUUUCUUUAUAUUGCAAAGAGAAAUGGUUACUGUAAUUCUACAGGUGUUGAUGUUCAGAAGUUUACAAGCUCAUCAUAUUCUAACAUGCAUAAAUAUCUCGUUAUUUGCGGGGCUUUGAAUCCAGCGUUUGAGCAUUUUGUUUUAUUCAGAGUGGAAAGGUUGUGCAGCGUGUCAUUUUAAAAGCAAGAAUUGGUUACAAGGUUAAACUUUAUGUGUCAAAUAUAUUCAAACAUAUACAUAUACCCACUAAUAAAAUUUAAACCAGAUAUUUGUAUACACCUUACAUAAGGACCCAUUACCUUUGUUCCUCAGUUUGAAUAUUGGAAUUG